UCUCAAUCUCUCUCAUCUUCUCUCCGAUAAGAUUUAUUAUGCAUCCUUUCCUCUGCUCGUCCCUCCCCUCUUCAGCAUUCAUCUUCUCCCCCACCUUCGGCAUUCCCCUUCUCUCUUCCACUUCUCUCCUGUCAUCUCCAAUUGGAUCUGCAGCUUCUUACUUUGCCUUUUGGACUCUUGAAUUGAUGUUGGGAUUUCAUGUAAUUUGUUUCAAGGGGAAAAGUGUGAAAAAGAGAGAAAUUGCAAUCUGAGUUUGAAAAGUUUGUUUCGAUUCUAAUUCGAUCUAUUUCUUCUGAUUUAUAGCUUGUAUUGGCCAACCCUGGAGCUAAAGUGAUGAAGAAAUUUAGCAACGUUGUCCUUAGCAAAUUUUGCUAGUCAUCGCCCUGCUGCGAGAAUCUUGAAUCAGUGAAAACGGCGGAAGAUCCAAGUAGUAUAGAUUCUGAAGGCUCCCUUCAAGCAAUUGAAGAAGACAAAGAAAACAUCGAAGAAAUCGAAGAAACCCAAGAGCAAAAGCGUAGUUCCUACAGAACCCAGAGCCUUGAAACCGAGUGGUGGGAUAGUUUAUUCCACAAGAACUCCACAACCCCAGUUUUGUUGGAAAGGUAAAUAAGGAGGCUACCUAUGGCACCAAGCAACAUAAAUUCUCCAACUUUGGCUUUGGAAGCAACAGGAAAAGAAAAGGGAUGAAAAGGUUAAAACCAAGCCUUAGAAAGUUGAAGGAAGAUCUUGGUAAGCAGCAAAAAUGCAUCAAGGAAGCAAAGAAAAGUUAGAUAGUUUAAAAUGAUUGAAUCUCAAUAUUGUCACCAACCUCAGCUGGAAGGAAACUCAGUUCAUUUCCCAGCGGAGUGCUGCGAUGCGUUUUUAGCUUGCCUUUGUCUUUCAAAUUCUCAAGGCAAGAGAGGCAAACGAUUUCAACAAAGCUAAUGACCUUACUCGCUCUCUCCGAGCAGCUUCUUUUGAUAGAUAGAGCCUGAAAUGUACAACAGAGCCUCUAAACCAACGGCCAAAUUCUGUCUAAGAAAAUUUAUGGACAAUACAACUAAUGUCUCCUUACAUUUGAAAACAAUAUUGACAUUUGAAUCUGAUGGAUUAUGCUCUAUUCCAAUGGAGAGAAGGAACGAUUUGAGAUGAUAUCAGAUGAGUGCGCAAGGAAUCCAUCGGGUUAGUAGAGGAGUGGGUCUGGGGGAAACUGGGAUAAGUGUGCGAGGGAAUCGAGCGAGUUAGGAGAGGAAUAAGGACUUCAAUAGCCUGUUUAGCAACUGAUGUUAUUGGCCUGUCCCGUGCUGCUGUUUGUUUGCAUUUGUCUGCAUUUUUUUGCUCUUUAGUUCUCUAAUUUCUUCAGUACUUUUCUCAUAUUAGAGCUUCAAUUUCAAGGGAAAUACGAGAUAUUUGCAGCCAACUCUCCUAUUGCUCUGUUGAAAUCUGCACCCAAGUUUCGAGUUUUUGCUUCGAAGAAGUGGACGAAAUCAACUGCGACAGCAGAGAAAUUGGACAGGAUGGAUUUUGCCGGAGUUUCUAAGGAGACUCCAAAGCAUGAGAAGCAAGGAAGUCUGAAUCUGUACCGCAAAUUCGAAAAGAAAAGUAGGUGUUGAACAAGAUCAGAUUGGCUCGACAGACGGACCGUUGCCGGAAUGGGUUAGAUCAGCUCAGGAAGGCUAUAUCAAGGAUCCUAGAUCAAGUGUUUGAUGAAUCGAAACAUGAUGCUGCAUCUUCCCACGCUAUGCACUAGAGGGAGCAAAGCCGAGAGAUUGUUGAAAGGCAUGUGCAAAUUGAGACUCAAACUAAAGAGGCAAGUAAUGACCUCAUCCAAGCAUCUGUGGAGGUCAGUAGAUUGAUAGAUGAAGUGAGAAAGAAGCCUAGAACAAGAAAUCAAUGAAGGAGGUAGGAGAGAAGAUUCAAAGUAUUGGCAGAAGUCAACUCCUGAAGAAAAAAAUGAAAAAAAGAGUAAAAUUUCAAUUUCAAAUGCUUUUAAAAGUAAAUUUCAAAAAGAAAUUUCAAAAAAAAGAAAAAAAAGAAAAAAAAAAGAGAAGCAAUUUGUUCACUGAUUGGCUCAAUAAUGAAAAUGAAGAGUGAAAUUAGUAAAGAUGAUCAGAUUAUUUCUUACUUGGUUAUCUUCAGUGACAAUCCAUGUUGAUUCAUUUCAUUAGUGUUGUUAUUUAUGGACAUGAUUUUUAUUCUCUUUUUUAAGUUUUAAUUUCAGUUUUAAAGUUAUUUAGGUCGAUGUUUCCUACCUUUUCUAUUAUUAUCAUUUCUAGAAUUGGGAUCCUCUAUAUUAUUCCGUUCUUACUUAUCACCAUGAUGAUCAAGAUAGACAUUUCAGUAGUGUAAAACAAACAAUUGGCAUUUGAGUGUGUUGCAAGAACUUCAACCAGUGGUCUUCUCACUAAUCCCAAAAAACAACUUUGUGGUGACCCCCUUAUCAAUGAUGAAUACUUAAUCCCUAUGUUGAAGCAGUUGGAAUCCAGAUUGUUUCAGUUGCAAAGCCUACUUCACAUAGACUUGAAUCCAGGACAGAACUAUGGUCAAGCUUCACAGAAAACAAGUUUGUUAAUAAAAGAAAUUCUUAGUGAGGGUAGCAGUACGUAUUUUGGUUUGGUGCAAUCAUGUGAAAGUAUGUCUGCUGUAUUUGGUGGUUUUCAUUGAUAGAAUUAUUGGGGAUGAGAUUUGUUAUUUUCUGGAGGAAUGAUUUCCCAUUUCACUGGUGCCUUACAUGAUGUAAGUUUACCUUUAUCAAAUUUUAUAAAGAAAAUAUAUGAAAUCCUUAGUAAGGCAUAAGUUAAGUGCAUUGCUUAAAAGAGUGUGAUACUAUGAUGUUAUGAUACAUUGAGGUUGAUGACUCUGGAUUGUGAAAAAGGCAACAUGGUUAAAGAGAAGCAUAUAAAUUAGGAUUCUAUCUGUGGCAAGAAAAGAGGUUGUAACCCAAGAUCUGAUGGACCAAAGCAAGAUAGUAGUUGAGGCGAGAAAGAUAGUUGGACAUUAAUGGCAGUGUCGUUGUCAAUUAAGGUCGUGAAGCUGUAUUUGCUGGUGACAGGACAGUAUAUAAGAGAGCCAUUUUCAGGAUCAGCUGUAAACUUCAAUGCAGGAUGCAAGACAGCAGUGUCAAAUAUUGUCAUGGCAAUGGCAGUCAUGAUCACUCUGCUGUUCUUAACACCAUUGUUCCAUUACACUCCUCUACUGGUUCUUUCCUCCAUCAUAAUAGCUGCAAUGCUUGGUCUCAUUGACUAUGAAGCUGCCAUCCAUCUCUGGAAAGUCAACAAAUUUGAUUUCCUUGUCUGUAUGGGUGCCUAUGUUGUGUUGUUUUUGGAAGUGUGGAGAUUGGCUUGGUUAUAGCGGUAUGAGAAU